UUAUACAGAUGUCGAGAUUUGCUUACCGUUUGAAGAGUCAAGCUGAAGCGAAAAGAGUGGUAGAGGAGAAUAGUAAUCCGAUAACUAAUCGUUCGUUAGUCAAACUGUGUUCCUCCAAAACCAAUCCUACAGAGAGAUAAGUCAAAUCUUACGCAGAAUCAAAGCAUGCUUCAGCUUCUGAUUGUAGCGUGGCUCUUGAUCUUCGGGACGGAGACGGUCCUGUCGCACCAGGAGUCCGGCGAAUGGAGCUGUGAAUCGGACUCGGGGAUCCAGGUCUUGGCUGAUUUCAGACCGGGGCUCAUCACCCUCGACGGUCGCAACGAUGACUGGAAGGACAUUGACGGCUCCGAGUUCCCUCUCCGUCCCGCUCUUGAUCCGGACGCCGACCACGAAUACCCCGCCGGGCAGAUGACAGUCAAGGCAUUGCAUGAUGGUCGAGAUGUUUACUUCAUGCUGGAAAUUGAUGGAAAUUACGCUUACGACAAAGGUGAAAACAAGAAGUGUCCUUCAGUGGCUCUCAUGUUCCAAAUUGGUGAUCAAGCUACUUAUCAUGAUAUGGGUGGUUGUAAAGAAGGGACGGACUCAUGUACCAGCAAGGCUUGCAAAGGCUUCGAGGUUGAUAUUAUGCAUUUCUCUAUUGGAAAUGCUAUUCCAGGACGUCUUUACGGUGGUAAUCCAGUAGACAACGGGGAAGGAAAUGGAGGUGACAGAUUUGGUCAUCUGGUUGACAUUUAUGCUUGGAAUCCACAUUGUCGAUACCUUGAUGGUCUUGGUCCCUCAGGAAAUGAUUCUAGUGCACAGAACGAUUGGCAUGGAGCGUGGUGGCACAGCAGCUUCACUACUCAAUCAGGAUAUGUAGCGGAAGACAGCCCUUACACGCCAAAUGGCCAGAAAGGAACUUACUAUUUCGAAUUUUCAAGGCCUUUGAGGACUAUGGACCGUCUCCAACAGGAUGUUCAGUUCACGCUUGGCUCAACGGCCAAAAUGUCAGUUGCAUUCUGGUACCCAAUGGACAGCAAACCGUGGCACGGAUCAGGGCAUUACACGAUCAACUGCGAUUGGAUACCGCUAGAUAUUUCCUCAGGCUCUUCUUCGGGGCUCACUGCUUCAACUGUCAAGGGCUCUAGUGAUGGAACCAGCAUUUCUGCCAUUGUGAUAUCCAUGAUUUCUCUUGUUGUUUCAGGUUUUAUUGCAUAUAAGUUAUUUAGUCCCAAGAACGUUGCAUUUACACCCAUGGGAAACGAUCUCUAGGACAAAGAUUAGGUUUUACACGGUUCUAUGUCCCUUUGUUGUUUUGUUUCAGAGAGCUUCUUCUUUCUGGUUUUACAGCUAAAUAAUUUUUUUUAAGUUGUGGCCUGACUAUUGUCAUUUCAAAGAUGUUUUGUAUUAAAAGAUUUGAAACGGUA